GUGCAGAAGGAAAGAGAAUCGUCUCACAUCGUGUUCUCCACCCUCCCAAAAAUCGUGGCAGAUCAGCCGUCACGCGCGUGCGACGGAUCUUCCGUUCCCACAGAAAACAGACAAGGGGAAAAGGGAGCGCAAAGCGCCGCGAGCACGUUGGUAGCAGACACGUGUCGAAGCAGAAUGGUCCUCUGAAGGGGCAGGAGAAUGUAUGAUACUUGAUCGAAGAAAUUGAAGCAAGAAAGACGAGAGAAAUAGACGGUAUUUUUACACACAGUGAAUAUCUUUUUUUUUUUCUUUU